CAUGACAGUUGCUUUAAAUUACAGAAGUUGGCAAGUGUCCGAGAAAAGGAGUGGGAGCUUGUUUAGCUGAGAAAGGCAGUUUGAAAACUUAUUUGAAGCUUGAUGUUCUUGAAUUAAGUUUUCAUGGUCAGAGACAUACAUUAUUUGUCACCAAGACACAUUAUUUUGUUAUUCUGAAGGACCUUAAAACACCAACACUUACCUGUCGGUUUGAAUUUGCAACACUUAUGGGACAACCCAAAGGAAACACAUUAUUUUUGUGGCAAACUUGACUAUCCUUUUCUCCAAAGUAAGAAACAGGUGGAAUCUGACUUUGUUACAGCCAGUAAAUUGGCAUUGAAGGAUGGAUAGUUUCAACAACAAAAACACACAAACACUCUAAUGAUCUGGAGAAUCAAAAAGAGAAACACAACUCAAUUCGCAGAAUCACAGUUCACCCAUGACUGAGAGGUGUGACACUAAUUUAGGACAACAUUAUACCUAAGAACCAAAGAUGUUUGUGUUGCUUUAUUUCACAAGUUUUGCCAUCUACACAAGUGGACAACCUCUUCACAACCAGUUCAAAGGCGAAAAUUCCUACACCAGAUACAUAUGUAGCAUACCUGGCUUGCCAGGCCCUGCAGGUCCCCCCGGAGCUAAUGGAUUACCAGGGCCUCAUGGACGUAUUGGUCUUCCAGGAAGAGAUGGUAGAGAUGGCAGGAAGGGAGAAAAGGGUGAAAAAGGGAAUGCAGGUUUUAGAGGCAAGACUGGGCCUCUAGGAGCAACUGGAGAGAAAGGAGAUCAUGGAGAGAUUGGUAAAAAAGGACCUACAGGAUUGGUUGGUGCCAAAGGCGGUGUAGGUCCAGUUGGACCAGCUGGACCUAAGGGAAAUAAAGGAGACCGAGGAGAACCAGGUGCACCAGGGGUCUGUAAGUGUGGAAGGAUAGUGCUGAAAUCAGCCUUUUCUGUUGGCAUCACCACAAGCUAUCCACAGGAAAGAUUACCAAUUGUAUUCAAUAAAGUGCUUUUCAAUGAGGGUGAGCAUUACAGUCCUUCCACAGGGAAGUUUGUAUGUGCCAUCCCUGGUAUCUAUUAUUUCUCUUAUGAUAUUACCUUAGCAAAUAAGCAUCUUGCAAUUGGGUUGGUUCAUAAUGGGAAGUACCGGAUAAAGACGUUUGAUGCUAACACAGGAAACCAUGAUGUAGCUUCUGGAUCCACGGUGAUAUAUCUUCAGCCAGAAGAUGAAGUAUGGCUUGAAAUCUUCUACACUGACCAAAAUGGUCUCUUUGCAGAUCCCACUUGGGCAGACAGUCUGUUUUCUGGAUUUCUGUUAUAUGUUGAUACAGAUUAUCUUGAUGCCUUAUCUGAUGAUGAUGAACUGUGAUAUAGGAGAUGAUCCAUCAUGGCCAAACUGGACAGUCUAGCAAAGGAUUUGAUCUGUAUAGGAGAUAAAAUUGUAAUGAUAUUGUGUUUUAUUUUUGCUUUGAUGGGAUAACGAGUUGUAUAUUGAAGAAUGUUUCCAGAUCUAAGCAAGACACAUUACCAAAUAGCAGGGAUAACAAAAUGAAUUAUAUACUAACCAAUGACUAUGUCACUCCAGACCUGAAUCCUAUUGAAAGUUAUGGUUAUAUUAAUAUUUAAACAGAGUUAAAAUAAUGUACAUUGGAUUUUAUAAAAAAUAUAUUGAAUUAUAAAGUAACUGGUACAGUGAAAUUGACUUAUUAAACAUCUAGAUUUUUGUAU